UUUGUCAGCAGCCAUAGAUGAACUGCUGAUAAGCCUGUGUGUUUGACCAAAGCUCUCCUCUGUCUCAAAAAAUCUUAAACUCUUGUAAGAAUCAUCAAUGGCUGCUACCCCUUUCCAGUUCUAGUUAAUAACCCAUAUCUAUCUGAAAUCAGAAUCCAAGCACACACACCACACCACACCACACAACAGCCAUGAAGAAUCUUGUUGCUAAUUUUGUGCUGUUGUUUCUUUCACUCUUAUUAUGUUCUGUCUCUUUAUUAACCUCAGCAGAUUCAAACACCUCCGCUACAUGUCCAAUGGAUCUUAGCUAUGUCCUAAAUAUCCCAUGGAACCAAUCCCUUUGCCAAAAGUUGCAGCCCACAGAAACCAUAAACGUCACAACUGCCCAAAACGUAAACCCCCCACACUCAUGUUAUCAAACUCUCCUGUCCCUCUUUGCCAUAGGCCUUGCCCGACGCCUCAAAGAAACCUCACUUUUCAACCUCCCUGACCUCCCAACUUCCACUUCUUGUCUCAAUGAUUUCCAAUCCAAAAUCACCGCACUUUCACUCCCCACCACGCUUGUCUCCUCUUACUUCAAUCCUCUUCAGUUUGUGAUUUCACCAAACGUCUGUGCCCACAUAGAGAGUACCAAAGAUUGGGUCAAUAAGCUUGGACCCGCUACUGCUUUGGACUCAGGUUGCAAGUCUGACCUCACUGAUCUCACUUCCUGUGAUGCUUGUGUCGCAGCUGGUUCCCAGGUUACGACAGAAUUGAUUGCUAUAGAUGGUAAUACCUCUCAAGCUAAAGCUCUUGAUUGCUUUUACUUUGCUGUUCUUUAUGCUGCUGGUAUUGUUAAUGCAUAUGGACCUGAGAGUGUUGGUGUUAUGACAUGUCCUCUUGGUUUACAACUUAAUUCAGAAGAGGGUGGGGAUAAGGGUCAUCCGGGGCUUGCUUUUGGGUUAACAGGAGCUGGGGUUGCUGUUGUGGUUAUGUCUGGUUUGUUGGGACUGUAUCUUUGGUAUGAUAGGAGGUGGAGGAGGAAGAAGGGUGAGGGGUCUAAUUUGAGGUACGGUCAUGAUUUGGAGGAACAAGGGUCUAAGUUAAGAGUGAGGCCAAAUACCGGGUCAAUCUGGUACAAAAUUGAGGAGCUUGAGAAGGCGACUGAUAAUUUUUCGCAGAAGAAUUUUAUUGGACAAGGUGGAUUUGGAUUGGUUUUUAAAGGGGCCUUAGCGGAUGGGACUGUGGUUGCAGUGAAGAAGGUUGUGGAGUCUGAUUUUCAAGGAGAUGCUGACUUUUGCAAUGAGGUUGAGAUUAUUAGCAAUUUGAAGCACCGGAAUCUUGUUCCACUUAGAGGGUGUUGUGUGGUUGAUGGGUACGAGGAGUAUGAUGAGAGGGGAAGUCAAAGGUACCUUGUAUACGAUUACAUGCCUAAUGGCAAUCUUGAUGAUCAUUUGUUUCCGUCGGGUGCUAGUGGAAUGGGGAAGUCACCAUUGACAUGGCCUCAAAGGAAGAGCAUAAUCUUGGAUGUUGCAAAGGGGUUAGCUUAUUUGCACUAUGGAGUGAAGCCUGGAAUAUAUCAUAGAGAUAUUAAGGCCACAAAUAUACUUUUGGAUGCAGAUAUGAGAGCAAGAGUGGCAGAUUUUGGGCUUGCAAAGCAGAUCAAGGAGGGUCAGUCUCAUCUCACAACCAGAGUGGCUGGAACACAUGGGUACUUGGCCCCAGAAUAUGCACUUUAUGGACAACUGACUGAGAAGAGUGAUGUUUAUAGUUUUGGGGUGGUGGUUUUGGAGAUAAUGUGUGGAAGAAAAGCUCUUGAUCUGUCAUCAGGAUCACCCCGUGCGUUUCUGAUAACAGAUUGGGCUUGGUCUAUGGUCAAAGCUGGAAAAGUGGAAGAGGCUCUAGAAGCCUCUCUGUCAAAAAAUGACGAUUCUGUGAAUUCGAAUCCAAAGAGCGUAAUGGAGAGAUAUGUGAUGGUUGGGAUUUUGUGUGCUCAUGUGAUGGUUGCUUUGAGGCCAACCAUUUUGGAUGCACUUAAAAUGUUGGAAGGAGAUAUUGAGGUACCGGCAAUUCCAGAUAGGCCAACGCCUCUCGGGCAUCCAUUGUUCAGUGGCAAUGGUAAUACUUUCAGCAUAUCACCAGCACUAAGUGGGCCACGAUUAAAUAGCAAGGACAUGCUCAGGUUUGCUGGAGAGAGUUGAGCACUUCAGUAGGGUUUGAGUACUUGGAAGAUUUCACACUUCCACUUCUUUCUUCGUGUAAUAGGUUUUUUGUAGAUUAAGGAAAUAUGUAAAAACUAAAACUGAAUUUAGAUAGCAGUUCAAGCUUGUAAAGAUUCUGUAUUGAAAUGUACAUACAAGGUUAGAGUUUUCUCUA